AACAAUGGUCAGGUCAUUUCUGUGUGUUAUGACGUGUAAUUUGCUUUUUGUUUUGUGCGAGUUAACAAUAAAAGUAAAACCAAAAUCGUUUUAAAUUUAAUCGUCAUUUGAUUUAAAUCAGUGUAAAUAGGCGUACAUUAUAUUAUGAAUUAAUGUAACCUUUGUGUGUAUACGGUGAACAAAAUUGUAUUCUAAGUCCCGGCUUAUAGUUUGUUGUAUUUUUUAAUAAAUUUUACUGAACAUUACAUAAAAUGUGUGGGUCUGAUAAGAAACUUGGAGAAAUUAGAGCUCUUAUAUUAGUAGGAGGUUAUGGGACUCGGUUAAGGCCUCUGACAUUGAGCAGACCAAAACCCCUAGUUGAGUUUGCUAAUAAACCGAUUCUACUUCAUCAAAUCGAGGCUUUGGUUGAAGCAGGAGUCACACAGGUGAUAUUGGCUGUUUCGUAUAGGGCGGAAGAUAUGGAAAAGGAACUGACAGAACAAGUUUCUAAACUUGGUGUUUCUCUCACAUUCUCCCAUGAAACUGAACCGUUGGGCACUGCUGGGCCCCUUGCAUUAGCCCGGGAACUACUGAGUGCAAGCCCUGAGCCAUUCUUUGUGUUGAAUUCUGAUGUGAUAUGUGACUUCCCAUUCAAAGAACUUGCCAAAUUUCACAGAAGCCAUGGAAAGGAGGGCACUAUAGUUGUAACAAAAGUUGAAGAACCAUCAAAAUAUGGAGUUGUUGUUUACAAAGAAAAUGGUCAGAUUGAAAGUUUUGUUGAAAAACCACAAGAGUUUAUAUCAAAUAAGAUUAACGCUGGAAUGUACAUUUUGAACCCUUCGGUAUUAAGUAGAAUAGAAUUGAGACCAAUGUCUAUUGAAAAGGAAGUGUUUCCGUUCAUGGCAACUGAUGGCCAGCUGUUUGCAAUGGAACUACAAGGCUUCUGGAUGGACGUAGGACAACCCAAAGACUUUUUAACAGGCAUGUGUUUGUACCUCACAAGCUUGCGGCAGAAGAACUCGAAUAAGUUAUAUGAUGGCACGGGUGUGGUCGGCAAUGUUCUAAUAGACCCUACAGCCACCAUUGGUAAGGGUUGCAGAAUAGGACCCAAUGUCACUAUCGGACCAGACGUCGUUAUUGAAGACGGCGCUUGCAUCAAACGCAGCACAAUACUUCGCGGUGCAUGCGUCCGUCAACACGCCUGGCUUGACGGCUGCAUCGUUGGCUGGCGCUCAGUUGUAGGCCGCUGGGUGCGAAUGGAAAACUGCACGGUUCUCGGCGAAGAUGUCAUAGUUAAAGAUGAGUUAUAUGUGAAUGGAGGGCAAGUGUUGCCUCACAAAUCCAUCGCCCUCUCCGUACCAGAGCCACAAAUCAUCAUGUAAAAGACUGAGUGGUAAUAUGCAUAGUAGAAGCUAGUUCUUAUCAAUACAUAGUAUAAAACAAAGUCGCUUUCGCUGUAUGUCCGUAUGUAUGCUUAGAUCUUUAA